AUGGUCCGAGCGCAUCGUGUAAGUGGCGCUCAUCAUCGGUGAGCCUGCUCCGUUCGGCUUGAUUCCAUUCAGCCCGCUUCGCUAUUCUCCUCUUUUCACGAUGAUCGUCGGCCACGUCAAGCGCGACAAUAUUUGAAACCAAAAACGACGCGAACAAGCAGACGCCAUACCUCAUCAGUUCGCCGCGAGGCGGAUCUAUUUGCUUAAUUUGUAGCCGCGAUCUCUCGCUAUGUCAAUACCUGUCGUUGUACUUCAGCCCAUUCACACGUUUUGAAGGCGUUCAAACACACCGACCAAAGCUGUCAACAGCAACUGGUCCAGCCUCAAGCGUGUACUUGAGCUCAUUUUACGACUUGCACGCGAGGAUGGCGCACAGUCAAGAAGCCGAAUCAAUGACUGGAUCGCCGAGCAGGUGGACAACACUUCGUACUUCUCGGAUUGACCCUCCGGAUUCAAUAAAGCUACUGAAUACUUGCCUUAUCCGCGUGCAAGCCGACUCAAUCAUCAUUAAAGAGAUGUAGCGAACCAAGUCCGCCUUCGUCGCUAGCCAUGACUUGGCUCCCGAAGUCCUCGCCCCCGAUCACAGACGCACUGCUCGAUGCAAUCGCCGAAAACAACCCUUUUAUCAGCGGACGGAUUCGUAUCUUGCUAUCGCAAUGCGGAGACUCACCACCGGCCGAGCGAAUCAAUUGCGACAACUUGAAGGCCCCAACAGCUUCCACUGAUGUCGAGAUGGAAUAA